GCCGGUUAUGGCGGCGGUGUGUGUUUGUCCAUGAGGUGGGGGACGCUUGCUAUUCCUGCGGUCUGUGACAGAGCGAUACGAGCGAAGCGCUGCCAUGGCUGGAGUGUUUGACAUUGAUUUGGACCAGCCGGAGGAAAAUGUCUCCGACGACGAGAACGAGGAGGCUCAAAUCAAUGAUAUCAUGGAUCAGUGCAGUGGAUUUGAGUUCAACAUGGAUGACUGUGAGAAGAUUGAGAUAUCAGAGGACAACGUCAAUCAGGGGACAGAGAACAUCAGACCGGAGUGCUUUGAGCUGCUGCGGGUCCUGGGGAAAGGCGGUUACGGAAAGGUUUUUCAAGUUCGAAAAGUUGUCGGCGCUGCAUCGGGCAAAAUAUUUGCCAUGAAAGUUUUAAAAAAGGCGAUGAUUGUACGCAACGCCAAGGACACGGCCCACACCAAGGCAGAGAGGAACAUCCUGGAGGAGGUGAAGCAUCCCUUCAUUGUCGACCUCAUCUACGCCUUCCAGACAGGAGGAAAGCUGUACCUCAUCCUGGAGUACCUGAGCGGAGGAGAACUUUUCAUGCAGCUGGAGAGGGAGGGCAUCUUCAUGGAAGACACAGCCUGUUUUUACCUGGCAGAGAUCUCCAUGGCUCUGGGCCACCUGCACCAGAAGGGCAUCAUCUACAGAGACUUAAAGCCUGAGAACAUCAUGCUUAACAGCCAAGGUCACGUCAAGUUGACAGACUUUGGGCUGUGUAAAGAGUCCAUUCACGAUGGCACGGUCACGCACACUUUCUGUGGUACCAUCGAAUACAUGGCUCCAGAGAUCUUGAUGAGAAGCGGACACAACCGAGCCGUGGACUGGUGGAGUCUGGGCGCUCUGAUGUACGACAUGCUCACAGGAGCGCCACCGUUCACCGGCGAAAACCGAAAAAAGACCAUUGACAAGAUCCUGAAGUGCAAGCUCUGCCUCCCGCCCUACCUCACGCAAGAAGCCAGAGAUCUCCUGAAACGGUUGUUGAAGAGAAAUGCCUCCUCGCGGCUGGGAGCAGGAACAGGGGACGCCACAGAGGUGCAGGCUCAUCCCUUCUUUCGACACAUCAACUGGGAGGAUUUGCUGGCUCGGAAAGUGGAACCUCCCUUUAAACCUUUCCUGCAAUCAGCCGAAGACGUGAGUCAGUUUGACUCGAAGUUCACCAGUCAGACGCCUGUUGACAGCCCCGACGACUCAACCCUCAGUGAGAGUGCCAAUCAGGCCUUUCUGGGUUUCACGUAUGUUGCUCCAUCAGUCCUGGAAAACAUCAAAGAAAAGUUCUCAUACGAGCCAAAAAUCCGCUCACCCCGACGGAUCAUGGGCAGCCCAAGAACACCUCUCAGCCCAGUCAAAUACUCAGGGGGGGACUGCUGGCCCCGGAGCCCCCUCCUCACUGGUGGAGGACCCAGCGUCCUCCAGUCUCCUCAGGACCAGGCCAUGGAAGUGUCCACCCCAGAGCAAAUGGACAUCACAACCAGCUCCGAGGCCUCGGCCCCUCUUCCCAUCCGUCAGCCUGCCGGGGUCAACCUGGCUCAAAUGAAGCAGCAAGCCUAUCCCGUCGUGGCCAAGCGGCCCGAACAUCUACGUAUGAACCUAUGACCCACCGCGCCUCUUUAGGAGAGUUUAUUUCUUGACUCUUUUUUUUUUUUCUUGAUAUUUUUUAAGAAACAAAGCAAAAAGAUAUGGAUGCUAGAGACAAUGAAAAUCAAAAAUUGCACAUCCGCACACUACAUAUACUGACACAAGCUGGAGUUUGUGCGUGGGUGCUUCAGUUAAGAGCUACCAACAACAUCACCAUCUCACUACUUUCUCCCCUGACACCUCUGGUCCUCAGGACCCAUGUCUUCUGAUACCCCCCCUCUCUCCCACCUCUCCCUUUCUGAACUACACUACUAGGACUGGAAAUCUUUUCAGGAGCUACACAGCCUUUGUGUGAUCGGGAAAUCAAAGGCGAUGAUGUAUCACAGAGUAAGAAAGCGAUUAAAGUCAAAAUGCAGCCAGUCUACUGUACAAGAUGACGUCCAAAGUGCUUUGUGCUGUUUGAAUGAAUGCCAGAGAGGAAACUGCUUCCACUGGGAGAUUUUGACAGUAUUUCUUCUUAGACAAAAAUGCUUCCUGGCUGUGAAUUAAAAUGAUAUGAAUUAGGAAUCGUCAUUGUGAGUAGCGGACAAGCAGAGGUUCUGGUACUGAUGAACAUAGCUUUACGUCUUAUGAUGUUUUACAGAGUGGAUGCAUUAACUGUGCUAUACAUCAGUGACGAAUCAGAGAGCCUAAAUUAAAGAAGGAAAAAAAAAACACUGACUUUUUACAUUCUUUGAGCAUUGGUGUUGUGGAUGACUUGUGGAAUGUCUUAUUUGAUGUGGGAUCCAUACUUCAAUUAUCUCUUCAGGCAAACUUCACUGUGGGAUGCAUCACUGGAUUUAAUUGACGCAUCACCAGACAUAAAUUGGCUCGAUGAAUUGUUAGCGUGACUCACUUUCCCAUCACCACCCAAAAGGACAAACUGAUCUUGGUGCUGCUUUGUGUGACAUCACUCCCCAACCACCCACCCACCCACCACCUCUGGCUGCACGGGACAGUGUGGGUCGGGAGCAGUGACUGGACGCCAGACGCCAUCCGACCCCUGGAGCGAAUUCACCGUGGGAGACUGUGGCACCAGUUGAUCUGGACACUGGCUGCAGUCGUGGGGUUCAGUGAUCCAAAAACUCGGGGGGCAACAUUUACAGCCUCUUGCAUCAGCAUUCACUUGUUUAGGAGGGAAAUUCCUGAGAAACAAGGAAAAUUAUAAUAAAAUGCAAAAAACAUUACAGAGUGCAUUGUGUCUUUUGUGUGUGCAGAUAAAAAUCUGUAUUUCACAGAUUAAGGAAAAACAACCAGAGACCUCAGGUGUGCUUUUUUUUAAUUACAUAUAAGAUUUGUUUCAAAUCUCAUCAAUAUUGCAUCCUAUGAAUGUCAAAGAAGAACAUUAUAUGAGCAAUGCUGCCGCUACUGUAUUUAAAUUUCUCACAGUACAGACACCCUGUUUUGUCAUUUUCCUCUGUAUGAUUGGGGAUUUGGACUCAUUGUAAACACAAAUUG